AUGAUGAAUAAUUAUCCAUACUACGCCAACCAAUUCAUGUAUCCACAAUACUCCUCUCGCUUCCCCGUCGAAACCAAACCAACGCCGCAGACGCCUCGGAAAGUCGUUACGAUCGCCGUUUCCGACGGAUCUGAACGUCCACUUCCGCCUCUACAUAACAAGUCAGACUCUGCUGUAAAGAUCCAGAAGGUGUUCAGAGGAUUUCUAGUGAGAAAAAGGGUGAAGAAGAUUUGCGAGAUAAGAAACGAAGUGAAUGAGAUUGAGAAACUUUUAGCGACGGAGGAAAAAUUGGAGGUGAUGAGGAAUGACAGUAAAGAGAGAUUAAAAGUGAGUGAGAUGAUCAUGCGUUUGUUACUGCGUUUAGAUUCCGUUCGCAGCGUUGAUUGUGGCGUUAGGGAUUUGAGAAAAACGGUUACUAAAAAAGCUAUUAAGUUACAAGAAAUUGUUGAUUCUGUUGUUUUGAAUAGUAAUAAUAAUAACCUCAACGGAGAUGAUCAAACCGCCGAGGCACCGCGGGAAGAAGAGAUUAACGGCGUCAACUCUGGUUCUGAUUCCGUUGAGAAAAAUGAAGAACCGGAAGUUAUGGAGAUGAGUCAAGCUGAUUCGACAAUGGAAAUCAAUGAUGCUGAGAAGGAGGAAGGAGAAGUAAAUUCUUGUGACGGAGGAGAUAAGACGGCGGAGGAGGAGGAGGAGAGCGGCGGUGGCCGGAGGAGUGGAGAGUUGAUGGAGAAGAUGAAGGAGGAUAACGAGAAAAUGAUGGAAAUGAUGGGGAAAUUGUUUGAAAAAAAUGAAAUGCAAACGAGACUGUUGAGUUCUCUUACGCAGAGAGUUGAACAGUUGGAGAGGGUUUUGAUUUGCGAGAGGACCAAGAGGAAUAAGAAGAAAAAGAAAAAGCAGUGUAUUAAAUAA